UUUGCCCGCAGAAGAAGAAGUCAAUCCAAAGCCCCGGUAGCCUGUUAGCCGGGAACGUAAACACUGCUGCAUCUUUGUAGGAUCCUGUCAUUUUUCCAUGUUACGAGUUCGUUUAUUCACUAGAGUUUAUUGAAUAACAUCCAGACAAUGCUGUAACUGAGCCGAGGACGACAUUGUCAGCCAUGUUUGUUUGGAUGUAGCAUCUGCUGAGGCCUUUAAGUUUCCUUGCGAACUGAUGCCAAUGAUUCAGCUGGAGAAACCAGUUUUGACUGGUACCAUGCCAGUGGUGUGGCCCACUAUCCUUGACCUGAGCAGGGAUGAGUGCAAAAGAAUUCUCCGUAAACUAGAGUUGGAGGCCUAUGCUGGGGUUAUCAGUGCCCUGAGAGCCCAAGGAGACCUGACCAAGGACAAAAAGGACCUCCUGGCUGAGCUCAAUAAAAUCCUUGGGAUCUCCACAGAGCGUCAUCGUGCAGAAGUCCGCCGAGCUGUUAACGAUGAACGCCUCACCACCAUCGCAUAUCACAUGUCUGGUCCCAACAGCUCGUCUGAGUGGUCCAUUGAAGGACGCAGGCUGGUUCCCCUGCUGCCGAGGCUGGUUCCUCAGACAGCUUUUACCGUCACAGCUAACGCUGUGGCCAGUGCCACAGCCAAUCAGAAUGCCAGCCUUCCGUUACCAGCUGAAACGGGAAACAAAGAAGUGGUCGUGUGUUACUCCUACACGAGCACCACCUGCACUUCCACCAGUGCUACCUCCACUAGUGGGACUAUAGGAGUGACAGUUAAAUCACCUAGACCACCCAGCCCCUCAUCCAAUGUCGUGGUGCUGCCCAGUGGAAGCACUGUCUAUGUAAAGAGUGUAAGUUGUUCCGAUGAAGACGAGAAGCCUCGCAAGCGAAGACGCACCAGCUCGUCCAGCUCCUCGCCAGUGAUGCUGAAGGAAGUGACUAAAGUUACACCAUCAGUGUCCAAGAACAUCACUGUCCCAGUUAGUAGUCCAAAGAUGAGCAACAUUAUGCAGAGCAUCGCUAACUCCCUGCCACCCCACCUGUCCCCGGUCAAGAUCACCUUCACCAAACCUGCGAUCCAGACCACAAACGCCACCACCCAGAAGGUGAUCAUCGUAACAACCUCCCCAAGCUCCAACUUCGUGCCUAACAUCCUGUCCAAGUCUCACACCCAUACAAACGCUGCAGCCGCGGCGUCCAAGCCGAUCUCCACUGUGCCCACCCAGAAGCAGACAGUGGUCUUUCCUGCCAGCAGUAGCUCUUCAAACAACCCCAACACCGUCGCUGUGACGACAGUCGUCUCCUCCAGCCCAGCUGUGGUCAUGUCAACUGUUGCACAGUGUGGUGCUGGAGCUGCAGUGAAGGUGUCUUCAGCCAGGCUUCCUUCUCCUAAGACCAUGGUGGGCUCACCCUCUCAGAUCCUGGCUCAAUUCCCAAAGCAGCAGUCACCCAAACAGCUGCAGCAGAGCUCACCGUCCGCAGGUAGCAGCGUCGCACAGAUUCAAACCACGAGCAGUUCACCCGGAGCCAAGCCCACCAUUCAGAUCAAACAAGAGUCAGGGGUGAAGAUAAUCACUCAGCAGGUUCAGCCAAGCAAAAUCCUGCCCAAACCUUCAUCAGUGGCUUUGUCCAGCAGCAGCUCUUCUCCCAUUAUGGUGGUCAGUAGCAAUGGAACCAUCAUGACCACCAAGCUGGUCACUCAGCCAACAGCUAGUCAAGCCACAUAUACAAGACCCACUGUCAGCCCCAACAUUGGAGCCAGAAUAUCAGCCUCGGCUGGUGGCACCACGUACGUGAAAACAACCAGUGGCAGCAUCAUCACUGUUGUGCCCAAGUCACUUGCGACGCUUGGUGGAAAAAUCAUCAGCAGCAACAUCGUGUCUGGAACUACAACAAAGAUCACCACCAUCCCCAUGACCUCCAAACCAAAUGUUAUUGUGGUUCAGAAAACAACAGGAAAAGGAGCGACCAUUCAAGGACUGCCUGGAAAGAAUGUGGUCACUACACUUUUAAAUGCUGGGGUUAGUCACCCACACACGCAGGACACAGCACUCAGGAGUUUUCUUAUUGGUGAGAAGAGCUUACAAGCCGUGCAAGGAACCAAACCGGCGAUCAUUACUGCGUCCAGACCCAUCACUAAGAUGAUCGUCACUCAGCCCAAAGGCAUGAGCUCGCAGUCCGCGCCCACCAAGAUCAUCCCGACCAAGAUCGUCUACGGACAGCAGGGCAAGACGCAGGUUCUCAUCAAACCCAAACCGGUUUUUCAGGCCACAGUGGUGAGUGAACAGACGAGGCAGCUGGUCACAGAGACACUGCAGCAGGUGACCCGCUCCACUGAUGUGAGUCAGGGCCAAAGCACAGGCUCGGAGGGUCACGCGAAGGAGGAGCGAGGCAGCUUGACGGAGAGCACCAGCCUAGUGGGUGAAGCCUCCCAGGAGCCGCAGCCUGUAGUGCACAUAGUGACCUCCAGAGAGCAGGAUUGGACCGAACAGGAAGUAGCGGUGGAGUCCAGUCCUACCAUCAUCUACCAGGAGGUCUCAGCUGGAGAAUCUCAGUCUGCCACCUCCACCAUCAAAGCUCUGCUGGAGCUGCAGCAGACCAUGGUCAAGGAGAAACCAGAGACCAAACCGCGGCAGCACACCAUCGACCUGAGCCAGCUGGCCGUGCCCAUCCAGCUCAGCCAGGAGAAGAAGGUCGGCCCAGAUUCUCCCAGGCCAUGUUCCGAGUCUGAACCCAGCGCUGAGCUUCCCCCAGCAGCAGGUAAAGUCUGCAAAGUGGGCGUGGCUCCAGGGGACGACGGCUCCAAAGCCGCAAACGCAUCCUCCGCGGCAGCCACGGCGUCACACGUUAGUCACACGCCGUCUGAUGGUCAGAGUAAACCUGGGCCAGAGGUGACGGAGCUGGAGGGAGACACGCUGGAUCCUCAGACAGGUCUGUUCUACCGCUCCACCCAAGCUGCUGCAGAACCAGUGAAACCAGCCCACCAGUCUGCAGUCGCUCAGCCACCAGUCGCGGCCCAGACUGAAGCCGAGCACAGCCGACAAGGCUCCAUCUCAGCCUCCACCUCCAGCCAGGCAACACCUCCUCCUCCUCCCCCGCCUCCACCACCCCCACAACUGCAGAGCAAACCCCAGAUCAGCCAGCCGGCCUCGUCCUCCACCAACUUCCCGUCCACUCCUCCUCUCGCCAAGAAACUGCCCAAGCUACGAGAGCAGAGUCAGGCCAAACCCCAGACCUUGACCCAGAGUGCCAAAGACAGACCCCCAGCUGCACUGGUCCAGGCUGGGCCAAAGGUCACCUCCCCGGGAACACCGACAAAGCACUUGGUGACCCCACAGCUCCCCAAGCUCCAACAAGCACCGACAUCCCACCACCGACCCCUGCACACGCCCAUGUCCCAGCCCCCGCCCCUGCAGGCACACCACCCAGUCAGUACUGAAAAGACCGCAUCCAAUCAGCCAAUCAUCACGCAGGGCGCCACCGUCACUAAGAUCACCUUCGGCGGUUCCCACCAUUCAUCGCCCGUCUUCAGCAGCGGUGAGGCUGCUGCCAAGCUGGUCCCGGAGUCCAGCUCUGGACCGCCAGGAGACAAGUCCUCGGUGUCUGACAUCCUAAAGAUCUCCAUGAUGGAAGCGGAGAUAGACCCCAGCAUUGAGCCCAUGGUGGUGGACUCCUCCAGCGACUGCGGUCCUCUGGGGAAAGCUCUGGGAGUGCAGGCGGUUUCGGGGACCCUGGACUCGGGCCAGUUCAUCAGCAGCUCCGGGGCCGCCAUCCAUCACGCAAAGACGCAGCAGUUCAGCCGCAUCUCGGGCCUCGCGGUGCAAAGGAGCAAAGAGGACGUAGAAGUUAUCGAGGUCAUUCCUCAGUUCUCCAUUCUCCCAGACUCCAGCCAGUCCAACGUGGUGGUGGAGCCCAGCGGCUUCCUGGAGAUCACCAACUACACCAGCCAGCAGCUGGAGGAGGACAGCCCCAUGGAGCAGGAAGUGGACAGCAGCAACGACGAGGCGAUGGCGGCCAGUCCUCCUCCCCGCCUGUAGACUGUUGACUCUUUUUUUUCCCUUCUUUAGUUGUGUAAAAUAUUAGUUUGUUUUUUUUAAACUCUUUCUUCUCCUGCUCAAAACCUAAGGACACAUGUGGUUUUCAUUGGCAGCGAGGAGCGCUGCUCGUAAAAACCAAGGGAGUGAAGUGAAGAUCAUUAGUGUAAAAGUUUGGACGCCGGCCUCUGGAAACACACCCGCCGUGGUUACAGUCGCCGCUCGUUGUUGUUACCUGGAGGAUUUUUAUUUACACGCUUCACGUCAAAGACAUUUGGAGAAUUUUUUGUGCCACUUUUGUCCAACGUUUCAACAAAAAAAAAAAAAAAAAACAAAGUAUUUCCUGUAAAAUAACUUUCACAUUUUUCUAAAAAGUGACUUCUUCUGUUUUGCAAUGGAAACUUUUUUGGAUGGAGUGCAGAUGAACACAGUGAAGAAUCUCACCGUUUUUGGGAUUGAUGGAUUCAGGAAAUGUUUGUAAAGAAGAGGAAAAGAAAACCUCAUGACACUGUUGAUAUAAAGAAAAUGUCACGUAAUAAAAAAAUAAUUUCAGUCAAAA